CUUACAGCACAGUAAGCAUUUCCUGUAUAUAUAAAUCAUUAUUUUUCCAAAAAAAAGAAGCAAGAGAAAGAAUCGAUAGCUCGUUCACACUCCAGGCGUGUUCUCUGAAUGACUGCCAGUAUCGAUUUUAUUUACUUUGAUUUUUAGUCAUUCUGUGGAGGGAUUUCAUGGCGCUGUUGUUCUGAAGAAAUACAAUACAAUACAAGACAAGAAUUCGAGAGCUCCUCUGCUGCUUGUGAAUUUGAUUUGUUCUGUUCUGAGACGACAACAUCGUCAUCCGAGAGCAUCAUGUUUCGUCGCCAUAAGAGUAGCUCCUCAAACAGCGAGGAGACAGUCGAGCUGCAGCAAGAGCGCAAGAUGAACGAGCUCCGAGCCUCUCUAGGUCCUCUUUCCGGCCGAACCUUGCACUACUGCAGCGACGCUUGUCUGAAAAGAUAUCUGGAAGCUCGGAAUUGGCAUGUCGACAAAUCCAAGAAAAUGCUCGAAGAGACACUUAGAUGGCGCUCGUCUUUCAAACCCGAGGAAAUCCGUUGGAAUGAAGUUGCGGUUGAAGGCGAGACAGGGAAGGUGUUCCGAGCGGAUUUCCAUGACCGUAAUGGCAGGACAGUUCUUAUUCUAAGACCCGGGAUGCAGAACACUGCGUCGCUCGACAACCAGAUGAAACACCUGGUGUACCUCAUCGAAAAUGCGAUCCUUAAUCUUCCGGAAGGGCAGGAACAAAUGGCGUGGUUAAUAGAUUUCACCGGAUGGUCGAUAACAAACAAUGUCCCUAUCAAAUCAGCGAGAGAUACCGUCAAUAUACUCCAAAACCAUUACCCCGAGAGACUCGCCAUCGCAUUCUUGUACAACCCGCCUCGCUUAUUCGAAGCUUUCUGGAAGGUUGUCAAAUACUUCUUGGACUCGAAAACUUUCCAGAAGGUGAAGUUCGUGUACCCAAAGAACAAGGACAGCGUCGAGCUGAUGAGGUCGUAUUUCGACGUCGACAACCUUCCGCUCGAGUUUGGCGGCAAAGCGACUCUGCAGUACGAUCAUGAAGAGUUCUCUCGACAGAUGGCGCUCGAUGAUGUUAAAUCUGCUAAGGUUUGGGGGCUCGACAAGCCCCAAUCUAACGGUUUGUCGGGGGCUGAGGUGGCCCCCGAGCCCGAGAGCUGAGUUGAGUCGAUUCGAAUCGACGUAACUUAACAAUAACCUCAUUGAUGAAUAUCUGUACUACUUUCAGAAAAUGCCGGAGAAUUUAUCUUAUCUUUACCGCGUUCCUUUAGGCA